AUGGACAGCAAUUACCGAAAAGAGCUUGAAAUUGCAUUCGAUGUCUUGCAGAAAGCGUCGAGUCUGAGUCAGACUGUUGUUUCUGUCCAGGACAAGGCCGGAAUUGAAAAGGACGAUCUGAGCCCCGUCACCGUCGCCGAUUUCGCAGUGCAAGGGCUGCUCGCAGCAACCUUCAAAGGAGCAUUUCCGCAAGACAAUUUUGUGGGCGAGGAGGACGCAGCACAUCUGCGAACUAAUGAGGCGCUUCUAAGUCGUGUAUGGGAGCUGCUAAGCACAGUGCCUCGCGACGGACUCACAAAGGUACCUGGGUCGAAAGAGCAGCUUUGCGACCUUGUUGAUCUGUGUGGAUCUGGUGUGCCGGAGCGCACAAGAACAUGGGUUUUCGACCCCAUCGACGGCACAAGGACUUAUAUGAUGGGCCAAGUCUAUGCAAUCAAUAUUGGGCUGCUGGUCGACGGACAGCAGAUGUUCAGUGCUGUUGGCUGCCCCAACACAUCGAUGGACGCCAAGGCGCCGAUAAAUAACCCAGAUAUCGACCCAUCCAACGGCGGAUGCAUUGCUUUCGCUGUCAAGGGCCAUGGUGCAUGGGUCCGACCGAUGCAUGGCGCAACGCAAGAGGUGACGCCACGCCGACUACAGCAACAACCAUCUGUCAAUCGUGUCCAGGACCUGAACUUCGUGACGAGCCACGACAUGGCCGAUUCAAUCCUGCCCGGCAUACACGAGAAACUCACAGCGCGUAUGGGCAUCGCCUUUCCGGGCUGCGACCUAUUGCCGUGGGUGCUGCGCUGGACGGUACUCGCCAUGGGACUCGGCAAUACGACGGUGCAGAUCUACAAGAGCCGGCAGCGGCUGGGCAAGAUAUGGGACCACGCGGGCGCCAUGCUACUCUACGAGGAGACGGGGGGCAAGAUUACCGACAUUGACGGCAAGCCGCUCGAUUGGAUGGCGGGACGCAAGUUUGAGCGCAAUUUUGGGUUCGUUGCGGCGCCGCCGAGCAUUCACGCUGCGGUCUUGGAGCAGGUGCACAGCACGUUGAAAGAAAACGGCCAUGCGGACAUGCUGAGGGUAUAG